AUGGAAACAGAAAACAUUGAAAUAUAUCAAAGCCUAAAAAGAAAAUAUUUAAUAGUCUACCUUUUGGGUAACUUUGUCGACUGGAUCCAAGGGCCUUACCUCUAUAAACUAUAUCUCCACUACGGUUACACAACAACAGACAUCUCUACCUUAUACAUCACCGGAUUCCUCAGCAGCGCAAUCUCCGGGGUGUUAAUCGGGCACCUGGCAGAUAAAUUCGGGCGUAAAAAAUUAUGUGUCUUCUAUUUUAUCAGCACAAUAGUGGCCUGUCUUUGCACAAACUACUCUGACCUGAUGAUGCUCCACCUGGGUCGAAUAUUCGGAGGAAUAUCAGCGUCAAUUUUAUUCUCAAGCUUCGAAUCUUGGUACAUAAGCCGUCACUUGUCAGCAGAUCUUCCUCACGACUGGAUGGGCUCGACUCUGGCUUCCUCAACUUUCUACAACGGUCUGUUGGCAAUCGCUGCCGGAAUUUUAGCCUCAAUAUUAGCGGACACACUCGACUACGGACCAGUGGCUCCAUUUAUGUUCGCUAUUCUAGUGUGCAUCCUCAGCGGAGUCACCUGCAUGACUACCUGGCGAGAAAACAGCCACAAGAAAGUCUACUCAAACUUACUGCAAGGUCUAAGUGUGAUUUUUCGGAACGACGGCCCGUUGAUUUAUCUCGGGCUGAUCCAAACGCUUUUCGAGACAAUAAUGUACACAUUUAUUUUCCUCUGGACCCCAAUUCUGGACCCUAUCCAGCCGAGCAAUGGGUUGAUAUUCAGCUUAUUCAUGCUCUGUAUAGUCUUCGGCAGCGCAUUGCAUUCCAUUUUAGUUAAUUAUUACCAAAUAAGUCGACUUAUGCUUCUUUGUUCCAGCGUUGUUCUCGCGCUAUUCAGUAUUGCUGUCAGUACAAUAGGUAUUCACGUUCAAAUGCAAUUUGAUGGAGAGCAAAUAGGUACUUAUGUAUGUCUUGUAUCAUUUUUGAUAUUUGAAAUCUCAGUUGGAAUUUAUUAUCCAGCUAUUGGUUACUUACGUGGGAUCAUCGUGCCAGAAGUCCACCGGACUAGCGUUGCUAAUUGGUUCCGGUUGCCGUCUAAUUUGUUAAUUUGCGUGGUAUUGCUUUAUAUAAGAAUUGGAGUACCUGACAAUCGGUUGAUAUUCGCACUCAGUGCGAUGUGCCUAAGUAUUGCUUCACUUUACUGUGUUGAAUUUGUUAAAGCUUACAAGAGAGAUUAUUCCAUUAUUAAUGAGGAUAAGUGCGUUAAUCAUUCUAAUCCAAAGGUACUAAUCGCUUAA